ACCAACAUUGAGGAGAACUACAAGUGCGUCAGUCAGUCAGGGCCCGACAUCACAAAAGGACGAAUAGCCUACGUCUCGUUUGAAGUUCUGGAGAUGAAAGCUUAGUAGGCCUUUGUUGAGGUCAAGAUGAUGGUGGUUGCUUACAGGUUUAGGUGAGUUAACUAAGCUAACUGUGCUUCGGCAUUCUCUCAUGAGCUACUCAGAUUCAAUGCGAUUGUAGGUUAUUAUACGCACUUCCUAUUUGAAACCAUCGGGAACACUUGCAGCAGUGUUGCUGUUGCCAGGUUUCGGGAGAGAAAUGCAACCAGCUCUAUGGAAGGAUACGAAGCCCAAAAAAAGCGGCUUCUAAGAAAAUGAUGCAACAGACUAUGUUGUGACUGAAAAUGCAGAACACCACGUGCACCGAGGACCGGAUCCAGCAUGCCUUGGAGCGAUGUCUGGACGGACUCGGCCACAUCAACGGCCUGCCUCAACCAUGGAACGUUGGAUGGUGUAUGAAUCGAUGGAGUUUGGGAGAGCUAGUCAAAAGGGACCCUGACAACUUCCUCAUCCUCUUGCAGCAGAUCCUGAGGAAGGCCAAAGAGGUCCAGGAGCACUGUCAGUAUGAGCUUGUAGCGCCGCUUGCACUCAUGUUCACCUCCUAUCUCCAGCAGAUGCCCUUCUGCCCUGCUGACGGGGAGCUCCUGCUGAAAGCGUACGAGGUGUUCCAUGGCUUCCUGACCUGGCCAGAGCCCUACUGUGGAGUGUGCUCUAGCUUGUUGUCCACUCUCCAACAGGAACUCCGAGCCCCAGGGAUUUCAUACCACAGGUUGGUGAGGGAGGAACAAGGCCUGACCACCUCCAAGCAUUACGCAAAGACCAUUACGGUGCUGUUGAUGAACCCGUCUGAGGUUCCCGUGGAGUUCCUGUCGGUGGCGGAGCAGCUAAGCGGUGUCCAGCUCUCCCGCAGGGAUGUGUACAGCUCCCUCAUCAAACACGCUUUCCAGUCCAGCCUGGGCACCAAGUACCCACUGCCCAGCAUCCAAGAGAGCCUACAGUCUGUCAGCACGGAGGACCUGGAGAGAGCCUUCUCCACGGUAACCAAGCUCAUGGAGUCGGCCGUGUGCAUGUCGGACCCUCUGAAAGCCCGAACCUGUUUGGUUCAGGGCCUGGAGGAGCUCCGGGAGAAACUUGGCGUCCCACCCUCCAACGGCAGGAAAUCAGGGGGCACAUUACAGACGAUCCCUGUCCCUGCAGCCAAAUGCUACGUGUUCCACUGGGAUAAGGACAAUUUUGAUGUUCUCAACAACAUCCCAGAGACUGACAACGUGCUAUCUGCUCUUCACUCCUCUGGCCGGGCCGAGGAUGAGGACGGGGACGUGGACGAGGACGUGGAGGAGGAAGACGAGGACCUGGAGGACAUGGACGCGUUCAUGGGCAACGGCUGCACGCUGGUGGACUACCGUGCCUCCACCAUCUCCACCGUGUCCUCGCUGUCCACCGCCUCCAAGGACUCCAUGUUCUCCACGCUGUCCGUGGCCUCGUCCGAGGGCUCGCCCUCCUCCCUCUACGCGGGCCAGUCGGCCGCCGGCCUCUCGGCCUCGGGCACGGACAGUGACUUCUGCGAGGAGGCGGAGGAGGACAGCCCCUCGGAGCGGAGCCCCGCCUCCACGCUGAGGCCCGGCGGCUCCAACCACGCCUCGGGCCACGGCCACGCCGCCAAGUCGGCCAAGACGCCGCCGCGCCUGACCCAGCGUCUGUCCAGCCUGUUCAAGUCACGCAGCAGCCACCCGCUGUGCCGGGCCAAGAGCCUGUGCAGCCCUGACGGCCGCGACCUGACCGCCAGCGUGCGCUCCAAGCGCUCCAUGUCGCUACCGCAGCAGGUGCGCACCUCCGACCUGGCCAGGCUGUCGUCGGCCCAGUCGUCUGGCCCCGAGGGCGCCAGCAUGGCCGCCGCCACCGCGCCACACCUGCGCCACGUCUGCUUCCGGCGCCGGCCCAUCCUCAGCAGCGACGAGGAGGAGGAGGGGGGCACCACGCAGGCCACCCAGCUGCGGGUGGUGGUGUUCGGCGCUGACCACGUGGCGGGCAGGGUGGCGCGCGCCUACAGCAGCCUGCGGCGGCGCGAGAGCCGCUGCCCGCGCCUGCUGCGCUCCUUCAAGAUGCGCUUCUUCUUCGUGCCCGUCAGGAGGGACGCGGCCACAGCGGCGCCCACACACACCAUGACACUCUCCAGGACGCCCAGCCCGGCCGCCCAGCAGCUCUCCGUCAGCCCGCUGAGAACGGCCGUCUCUAAUAUGGACCUGAGUCUGUGUGCCCCAGAAGACAGCACUAAUGAUAUCGCUCAGCUGCUGGGGAUGCUGGACCCCUGGUACGAGCGCAACACACUCAGCCUGCUCGACCUGCCCGUCAGUGUGGUGUGCCAGCAAACGUCGAAGAUAGACUCGGACUCGUACGAUGAUUCCCUGGAAGUGCGUCUGCCGAUCCUAGCAGACCUGGUGCUGUACUACUGCCGGCAGGCCGCUCGGCCCACCCUCAUCCAGCUCUACCAGGCAGAGCUCACAUUAGCUGGUGGCGAGAAGAGGAACGAGGUGUUCAUUCACUCCCUGGAACUAGGCCACACAGCUGGGACACGCGCCAUCAAGGCCAUGGGUGCUGCGAGCAAGAGGUUUGGGAUCGAUGGGGACCGUGAAGCCGUGCCUCUGACGCUGGAGGUGGCAUAUAACAGGGUUGUUAUUAGUGGCAGAAGUAGUUCUACGAGGGCAGAGAAGGUCUGCACGUCUAUCAACCUAACAAAGGCCUGCAAGAGCCCGGAGGAGCUCGACUCAAAGAUGGAGUGUCUGCAGCUGACAAUGACUGAAGUGCUUAAGAGGCAGAACUCCAAAUCGAAGAAGGGCUACAAUCAGCAACUCACCACUACUAAAGUGAAAGUGGACAAGGUGCAGGUCAUUGGCGCCAGCAACACCACAUUUGCUGUGUGCCUGGACCAGGAUGAGAAGAAGAUUCUACAAAGUGUCACCAGGUGUGAAGUGUCUGUGUGCUAUAAGCCGGACAGCUCGGCGGACUGGUCGCGUGGCCGGAUGCUGUCCUCUCAGAUCCAGCCCCUCCACCCCACCUUCUGCUCCCUGCUCUGCCUGCCCGUGUCCACCUUCAGUGGGCCUCAGCCCUGACGACCCCCCCCCCCCCCCACACACACACACACACACACACACACACACCUCUCCCCUCCCUCACACUGACACACACACACAGGGCUCAGACAGCACUCACUCGGGUUCGGCCUCAUAGGCCGCUCACUGGGAUGACCUAUAUGGGAUGACCAUAUAAGAGUGGACUCUUUAUAACAGAGGAGGCAAACGUUGAGCCUCUGUAAAUAGAACAGUAUGUAAAUGUGUAUAUGUUGUAUGAUUUUUAUGUCCUGAGAGAUUGGAUAUGAUAAACUGAUGUAAUGUGAUGAUAUAUCAUGGAACAUUUAAGACACUCUUGACACUUUUUAUUUGUAUUUACGGUAUAUUUAUUUGACUCAGGUUUUAAUGCGUUUGGUCAUUUUGUCUUUCUGCUAGUCCUUAUAUGUUUCAGCAGAGGGUGCUGUUUCCUUGCACUGAAUUAAGACCAGCAAGUUUUUUUUUUUUAUGCCUUUGAAAAGGAAAUUGAAACACGAGAUUGCAGGGUGCUGUCUUGUGACUUGUGCAGUAACUAAAAACAAUAGCCUAGGGCUCCUCAAUAACUGCCCGCACUUACAAAAGCCAGGCCUGUUAAGUGGACAGGGUGUUUUAAUGAUCUACUGUUCCUGGAAACACACUUAAAUGGUUUAUGGAAUGAUCUAUGGGGAUUUCUUCUCUAAUGUGGAAACUUUAAACAAUGUUCAGGGAUGAUCAACUGUGUAUAUAGCAGUUUAAUUUCUAGAUUUUUUAACAUUUCUAGAUUUUUUAUGUUCUUUUACAUGUUUCUUUUAACAUCUAAUCUGUCUAUCAAAUGGAAUAUUCAAAUCAUGACCACAAAUCGAUGAGAUUUGAAUCACUGUGCAUUUUGUAAUUAGUUUUUAAUUAUUAUUAUUAUUAUUAUUAUUGUAUUAUCCUUUCCUAUCUCUACCAAUCAAAAGUAAUGUUAAACAUUUAGAUUUGCCGGUGCUUGAAUCUCUUGCACAUUUUAUAAAAUGACUUAAUAGCAACCUAAUCUUUUGUCAAUAACAUGGUACAUUUGAUUAAUGUCAGACAACAUGGUACAUGAUUCACUGUAACUUUCCAUAGACCUCUGCACUUAUUUCUUUAUUUACUAAAUGUAUUUGGAUUGUAAAAUGUAAUGUAUAAUGUGUAAAGCGUAAUUAAAACAUUUAUGAAUAUUA